GAGCCGCGGAUUCGUUCAGUCGUCAGUGAUCGUCGUCGCGAGUUGGUGUGUCGGGGCUCGUGUUUAUGUGUUUUUUUCAACCCACUCGAAGAGGAUUUGUUUUUUUGUUUGUUGCUGAAUUCUGAAUAUUUUGACAGCUAGGGCCAACCGGGAGGAGAACCGAGAAAUAUAGCGAAAACAACAGAGAAAAGCUGGUGUACGGUUGGAGUUUAUUUAUUGCCUUCUUUUCGAAGAGGAAAAUCAAAAACCGAACGGUGGAUAAAGCGAGUGCGAAUACAAGGGAGGGAGCGAAAGAGAGAAUAAGCGUUUUCCUUCAGAUUUUUCCGAAUCAAAUAUUUUGUCUGCUAUUGAGAGCGGUGUGAGCUCCUUUGCGACUCUGUGGUCAGUGAAAUUAGAAGUUGGACGGUGUGGAAGUGUGAGAGUUGGCCAAUGCUGACCAUCGUGCAUAUUUUGUGACGAGUAGAGAGAUAUUCCGGUGAUUGGAUAUAAAUAGCGUCGCCGAACCCUGCAUCCCUUUCUGGAUCUCUACUUCAAGUGUUGUUAAGUGUCGAAAGUCAAGUGCCGACAAAAUUCGUUCAAAAUAAUCUCCCAGCUGCAGGAGUACUGUGCGAUGGCAGAGAAUAAAGGAAUGCUGCUGGCGAAGUCCAUGCAGAAGCAUGCUGGAAGGGCCAAGGAAAAGCUCUUACAAAAUCUCGGCAAAGUAGACCGAACCGCAGAUGAAAUCUUCGACGAACAUCUCACCAACUUCACCAGACAGCAAAACAGUGCCACCAGACUGCAGAAAGAGUUCAACAACUACAUCCGAUGUGUGCGAGCCGUUCAAACCGCUUCAAAGAGUCUCAUGGAUGCCAUAAACGAAGUGUACGAAAGCCAGUGGACCGGUUCGGAGGCACUGUACGCGCAGACCAACACAGUCGAGGUGCUGUUCCAGGACUUUUCGCACAAACUAGGUGACCAGGUGCUGAUACCGCUGAACACCUACACCUCGCAGUUUCCAGAGAUGAGAAAAAAAAUCGACAAGCGUGGCCGCAAACUAGUGGAUUACGACAGCCAGCGGCAUUCGUUCCAGAGCCUGCAGGCCAACGCAGCCAAGCGCAAGGACGAUGUCAAGAUCACAAAGGGUCGCGAGCAACUGGAGGAAGCGAAGCGUACCUACGAAGUGCUCAACACCGAACUGCACGAUGAACUGCCGGCGCUGCACGACUCGAGAAUACUGUUCCUGGUGACGAACUUGCAGACGCUGUUCGCCUCCGAGCAGCAGUUCCACAACGAAACGUCCAAGGUGUACGCCGAGCUGGAAGCGAUCGUCGACAAACUGGCCACCGAGUCGCAGCGAGGCUCGUACACGCUCAGGAAGAUCACCGAUUACAUAUGCCACGGCUAUUGUGGAAGGUGCCAUUGCAAAGCUAAUUCAACUCCGUCCAGCCCACCACAGUCCCCAGUGAAAGCGAAUUUGUCGAUUGUAAAUAACAUCACCACCAACGGUUCUGCCAAUGCCAACGGACCCACAUCCGAUUCACCGCCAUCGAUUUCGCCCAGCUCAGAUCCGCAGCCUGUUUCGGAGGAUGAGGAGGAACCCUCCUAUCAGAACACGGAAGUUGUGAAAUCCGCCAACGCCGCUUCGCGAUCAUCCCCAAUCACAACUACCACCCCCACAAAUGCCGCCACCACCAUUAAUAGUAACAGCAGCACUGACGCUCCAUCGCAGCCACCUGCGGCAUCUAAAAUUCCCGAGCCAUCCGCUAGCGAGAAAGUAACCACCAAUGGUACGGACCAUGAUCAUGAUCAUCAUCCAACCAGCAGUGCUACCACGCCAAAUAACACGCCAGACACUAUCGCAGCCGAUACUAGCGCUACUAGUCCACAGUCCGCUGAAUCCCGGCCGACCUCGUCACCAUCACCAUCAACCACAACGCCCACUAGUGCAGGCGCUGCUGUCUCGCAAUCAAGUAAUACUAAUCAUCACCAUCACCCAUCGUCUGUUGUAUCAUCGUCACAUCAUGCCCAUUCCCAUCACCAUCAUCACCAACCCAACGCCAAAGCGAAUGGGCCAACGUCCCUAACGUCGGCGGCGGAACAACACGUCGCGACAUCCCUCGGCAAGGGCGGACAGCUGUCUAACGGUUUAAACUCAACCCAAUCCCAACAGCAUAUCUACAGCAAUGUCGUUAACAACAGUAGCAAUAACCAAUUGAAUAACCUUAACAAUAACGUAAAUAACAGUAACAGCCAUUGUUCCACCGAUUCUACUACCAACACUCACACCAACAAUAAUAACAGUAAACUGGAAGAACUCUAUGAUAUUCCCUUGGGUGCCACCACAACUGACUUGCCACCGGGAGUGCUGUACCGAGUGAAGGCCACCUACAAAUACGUCCGGGAGGAUGUCGAUGAGCUGAGCUUCGAUGUCGGAGAUAUCGUCAACGUGAUCGAAUACGAGGAUCCCGAGGAUCAGGAGGAAGGCUGGCUGAUGGGUAUCAAGGAAGGCACAAACGAUAAGGGCAUGUUCCCAGCCAACUUUACCCGGCCGUUGUAAACCUAAGUCGGCUUGUAGAGCGAGCAAACGAUUCACAGCUUCGCGGUUCGGGCCGAUGCGAUCGAGUAGAAGCGCAACUCCCAUUGUUAAUAGCAGAAAGUCAAAGAAAAUCAAUUUUCAUAGCAAAAAACGAACAACUCACCCGGAAGAAAAAGAAGAAGAAAAUGAUAAGAUUGAAUCAGCAAAAUAACAUCUCUCAUAUUAAAUGUGUAUAUGCAGAUUAUAUGAUCCGUUUAACACAGAACGAUCGAAUGGAUCCGAUAACACAUAGGAUACAAAGUUUGAUAACACUCGAAAAUAACAUUAGGAACGAAGAAAAAAAGAGCGCGUGAACGGAAGUAAGCGUUCACAAGUGACGUGCAGUGAGUGAUGUUAGAAGGAACAAGAUGUGCCUUUAGAACUGUUCAUGCCAGGACCAGGAGAAUGUGGAUGGUGAUUCCUUUCAACAUCAGUUUUCUCUGCUUUUGUGUCCAACCGUACUAUUUAUUUGUUACAUAUUCACAUCCUUGAAUUUAUCGUUUCCAUUUUAUUUGAAGUACGUACGAUUCAUAGUCAAACAAUCUGUAAUUCAUCCUGUUACGUUGAAGCUUCCCAUUUACAAUUCGAAUAACUAGAAAAGUCUUCCCAAAUUUUUAAUACAUAUCUACAAAGUUCAUCCCUUAGCCAGCGAGUUCGUAUUAUAACCCGGUGAAAACUUUUUUGAUAAUUGUAAAUAAUCGAUUGUCCUUUUCGAUCGAGUAACUUUUGUUCAAAACUUGUUUUUAAUUAGAACCUUGAAAUAUAAUUUUACUGUGUAUUAAACGAUUUGCCAAAAUUGCCACCCGGAAACGAACAACUAUUGUGAAACAAAACACUAUUUUGUAAAUAGGUGAUAAUGUAUAAAGUUGUUCCCCCGAAUCAACGCUGUUUUCCCCCGUCAUUUUUUUUGUAGAAUAGCGCUUUUUUGUGUGUAGUUGAGAGUACGUUUUAAAUAAGUUUGAUCAAACAAACACGAUUCGAAAGCGUCACCGAUGAAAGUGUGUGAUACAUUAAUACAAACAAAAAUGCAUUUUGAAAAAAAAACCGAAGCUUUGAACAGCACACACGUUGCGAAAGCACUCUUUGGCAUCCCUUUUUUGAACACAGAGUAGCAAAAGAGUGCGGAGCGAGUAGCACACGGUAGAUGAAUGACCAUUUCUCGAAAAAAAAUUCCUCCUGUUGAUCUACUUUCUCGAAACACUAUCAAGCUUAAUCUUCCAUUUGCACCUACUGUACUCGUCACCAAAAGUCGCAUGGCCAACACAAGCAACUGUUAUGUAGAAAUACUUUCCCUUCUCAUUGUUCAAUAACUGUUCUAUUAUUAUUUGCAAAUUGAAAAAAAAAUGUUUUUAUUAUAUUUGAAAAUUUUAUCUUAUUUAACAAAUAAUUAAAUUAAUAACUUAGUUGAGUAGUUGUAAUGUACAUGAAUCUACGCGUGGAGGGAAGAUGCGGAUAGGGAUGCGUACAACCCGUUGCAACUGUGGGUAGUUACAAAUGCACACAGAUGAAUUACAAGAAGAAGAGGAAUAAUAAAAGCCGUUUUGGAAUACAAAAAUAUUUGAGGAUAACAGAACAAAAACAGUGGAAUACUUUGCAGAUAAUCAACGAACUUGAUUAUUUUGAUUGGAAAAUAGAUGAUGCAAAGAAAAAAAAAGAUUAACUAAACGCGAAUGAUGAAGAGUUAAUAUAUUUCAAAUAAAAUAUUAAUACUAUAAUAUGCUAAGAAUAACGAGGAUUAAAAGAAGAUACAUGAAACUUGUGUACAACUGUGAUAA